UUAAUACUUCCAUCAUAGUGACAGUGAACAGGAACAUCCCUCCCUGCAGCGGACGGUGUUCCAGUGUUUUUAAUGAGACUCCUGAGGGUUGCGUUGUUAUGCCACAGAUUGCGAGUUUUCACGACUCAGCUCAUCUUUGGUAUCUCAAUGACAAGUUGUCGAAAAUUCAUAUCUAUGCCACGUGGUCCAAGGUGCGACACAGUAAACCCAACCUACUGUUUGAAAACAGCGUGUCAACAUGUCUGCUUGGCAAAAAAGUGGGAAAGGCCAAGCCUCGGGGCCAUGUGGAGAAAUGUAUGAGCUCCAUGCAGAUGGGAACCCAGAUGGUGAAGCUCCGUGGCGGCUCCAAGGGACUGGUGCGGUUCUUCUAUCUGGACGAACACAAGUCCUGCAUCCGCUGGAGGCCUUCCCGCAAGAAUGAAAAGGCCAAGAUCUCCAUCGACUCCAUCCGGGAGGUGUGUGAGGGUAAGCAGUCUGAAAUCUUCCAGCGCUAUGCAGAGGGCAGCUUUGACCCCAACUGCUGCUUCAGUCUGUACUACGGAGAGCACAUGGAGUCCCUGGACCUGGUGUCCGGCACUGGAGAGGAGGCGCGAACCUGGAUCACAGGCCUCAAAUAUCUGAUGGCUGGCAUCAGUGACGAGGACAGCCUGGCCAAGAGGCAGCGCACCCGAGACCAGUGGUUGAAGCAGACCUUCACUGAAGCUGAUAAGAACGGCGAUGGCAGCUUGAGCAUCAGCGAGGUCCUCCAGCUCCUGCACAAACUCAACGUCAACCUGCCCAGGCAGAAGGUCAAACAGAUGUUCAAGGAGGCAGACACAGAUGACAACCAGGGGACGUUGGGCUUUGAGGAGUUCUGCUCCUUCUACAAGAUGAUGUCGACCCGCAGGGAUCUGUACCUCCUCAUGCUCACCUACAGCAACCACAAAGACAACCUCGACACAAACGACCUGGCCCGCUUCCUGGAGACUGAGCAAAAGGAUCCUCAUGGGCUGCUACAGAAACUUCUCUCACUCUUUCUCAUAGGUUUUACAAAUUAUAUGCGCAGCCCAGCAGGGGACAUUUUCAACCCAGAACACUACAACGUGAUCCAGGACAUGAACCAGCCGCUGUGCAACUACUUCAUCGCUUCCUCGCACAACACCUACCUGAUGGGUGACCAGCUGAUGUCACAGUCAAGGGUGGACAUGUACGCCUGGGUGCUGCAGGCCGGCUGUCGCUGUGUAGAAGUGGACUGUUGGGACGGUCAGGACGGCGAGCCCAUUGUUCAUCACGGCUACACGCUCACCUCCAAGAUCCUCUUCAAAGAUGUCAUCGAGACCAUCAACAAGUACGCCUUCGCCAAGAAUGAGUACCCAGUCAUCUUGUCCAUAGAGAACCACUGCAGCGUUCCUCAGCAAAAGAAGAUGGCUCAGUACCUGAUCGAGAUCCUGGGGGACAAACUGGACCUGUCCAACAUCAAAGCUGAUGAGUCUGGACGGCUGCCGUCGCCAGAAAUACUCAAGGGCAAGAUCCUUGUCAAGGGGAAGAAACUGCCUCCCAACAUCGAUGAGAAUGCAGAGGAGGGAGACGUGUCUGACGAGGACAGCGCUGAUGAAAUGGAGGACGACUGCAAGCUGAUGAACGGAGAUUGGAAGACUUCAGCCAACAGGAAGCAGGUGGAGAACAUGGCCAAGAAAAAGUUGGACAACCUGAUGAAGGAGUCCAAAAUCCGAGACAGAGAAGACCCAGACAGCUUCACCAUCGCAGCACUGCCACCUACCGGGAAGCCCACUGACAAAACUGGCUCCAAGGGUAAAAGCGAGGACGGGACGGACACAGGGGACGAGGCCAAUCCCAGCACCAACAAGCGUACAGGCCGCUCCUUCAUGGGCAGCUUCUCUAAACGCAAGAAAAAGACAAGCAAGCUGAAGAAGACAUCAAGCUUUGAAGACACAGACACAGACCAAGAGAGUACAAGUAGCACUUCACGUGCCCCUUUGCACCACAGCAAAAAAAAGAAGACCAUGAAGUUGUCCAGAGCUUUGUCUGAUCUGGUCAAAUACACGCGGUCUGUGGGUCUCUAUGACAUUGAGGCACAAGCCAACUGCAGCUGGCAGGUGUCAUCGCUCAGUGAGACCAAAGCCCACCAGGUGAUGCAGCAGAAAGCUGCGUCCUUCAUCCAGUUCAACCAGCGGCAGCUCUCUCGCAUCUACCCUUCCUCUUACCGCGUGGACUCCUCCAACUUCAAUCCCCAGCCCUUCUGGAGCGCCGGCUGCCAGCUUGUCGCACUUAACUACCAGUCCGAGGGCCGGGUGCUCCAGCUCAACAGAGCCAAAUUCUACAGCAAUGGCAACUGUGGCUACAUCCUCAAGCCUGCCUGCAUGUGUGAAGGUGCCUUUAACCCCAACCUGGAGGACCCGCUGCCAGGUCAAAUGAAGAAACAGCUGGUGCUGAAGAUCAUCAGUGGACAACAGCUGCCCAAACCCAAAGACUCUAUGCUAGGAGACAGAGGAGAGAUCAUUGAUCCCUUUGUGGAGGUGGAGAUCAUCGGCCUCCCAGUGGACUGCUGCAAGGAACAGACCAGAGUGGUGGAUGAUAACGGGUUCAACCCGAUGUGGGAGGAGACUCUGGUGUUCACAGUCCACAUGCCGGAGCUGGCCCUGGUGCGUUUCCUCGUGUGGGAUCAUGACCCCAUCGGCCAAGACUUCAUCGGCCAGCGCACCAUCGCCUUCAACAGCAUGAUGCCAGGUUAUCGCCAUGUGUACUUGGAAGGUAUGGAGGAGGCUUCCAUCUUUGUUCAUGUAGCUGUGAAUGACAUCACUGGUAAGGCCAGAGCAGCCAGUGGCAUAAAAGGGCUGUUUCACAGAAACCCAAAGCAGUCUUCCCUGGACAGCCAUGCUGCUGCACAGCACAGUCGUAAGCACCCGUUCGGUGCCCACCUCCUGCGCCGCACUGCCAGCGCACCCACCAAAGGCCAGCCCAAAAUCAAGAAGGGCUUUCCAGAGAUUGCCAUUGACACCAAAGACUACAGCUCAGAGGGCGCUAGUGAGGAGCGAGAGUCUGAAGACAAGGCGUCUGCUGCCGCCUCUCAUCAGCCUACAACACCACAACACCGCAAUAGGGACUCACUGGCAUCCCACCAAGCCAAGGGCCCCUGGGACCAUCCUGACACCAAUGGGGCUUUUCAUCCUGAGGAGGGUAAAGACUAUUCCACAGUUCAACCAGCUCCCCCUCCUCCAUUUCUUGCACUAAACUCUGAACACAACAAGAACACGUGUUACAUCCGCUCCAUCUCCACUCCAGAAGACAGCCUGUCUUCACAUGGCUCCUCAUCUACAUCAGUGCAUUCGCCAUCCACAGCAAUAAAUGCAGACUCCCCAUUGACAGUUUCUUCAAAUGGAGUGGUAGACUGUCCCAUCAAGGUGAGUGGGGACCCUAAGAAAACUCCUACCCUUUCCAGAACCACGUCACUCCCUCUGACGAAUCAUGCUGAGAAAUCUGUACCAUCAAAGUGCAGUCAAGACACCCAGACCAACAGAAGCACUCAUUCAUUUAUAAAGCACAUACCAAACCAGAGGGAAAACCAAGAAAUAAUGACAGAAAAGGAAAAAGACACAGCCAAGUUCAAGUCUGACCACAGCACGGAGCCUCCUGCUGCCACAAUUCCCACUGGAACCCCUGCAGUCCCUGCAGCUCAGACAGCCCAUGCCAGGAGAGCACUUUUUAGCAAUUUGACAUCCCACACACCAGUUAGAAGAACAAAAAGUGAGGGCUAUGUUCAGGUGGCUGUAGCCUCAACUGGACAGGCCCAGUCAGCUAUACCAGAGGUUUGCACGGAUGCUACAAUGAACGACCGUCUUUGGAGCAAGUUAGAGCCAGGCAGCCACCGAGACAGCAUGUCCUCCUCCUCUAGCAUCUCUUCUAGUGACACCGUCAUUGACCUGUCCCUGCCUAACCUGGCCAGGAAGAGCCUUACCAGCCUGCCCACAGGCAGCAGCACCUGCGAUCCUCCCUGGGUCAACUGCCGUCGCUCAGCAUUAGUCUCCUACGAUGCUCUGCGAGUCAGCAAAAGCAAGUCAAACCCCAAUCUUCAGCAAAGUGAGUGCUCCAAAGAUGAGCUUAAGCCCCGCCCAUUGCAGCCCCCCCAGGAAGCUUCUGUGGACUCACCCAGCAGACUGACUCAAAGGAGGCACACUUGGAGCCGGCUCUACAUGGAAGGGCUCAAGCAGUCAUCAGCCAGCAGGCCGUCUUCUGCAGCUACAUCUCAAGCUGCUACAGCUUCCAUGUCCAAAAGCCUUGGGGAUCUGACCUCUGAUGACAUUUCCUGUAGUUUUGACAGCAAGUACCGCAGCAUCAGCCGCAGCUUCAUUGUUAGGCCAACCAGGGACCAGCUACGCAAGGGCGGCCCGAACAAAUCUCGGCCACCCAGCGACCUUACAGAGCAACUCCGUAAGCUGACUAACGUGGAGCCCCUGACUGCUAAGGACUUUGCCCCAGAAAACAAACCUAGAGAGUCACCGGAGGAGUCUGUGGAUGAGUGUCUUGUGCGAAGGACCUCCUCGAGAAGCCAAAGCAGGGUGCGGUACAUAGCAAACAGGGCCAAGAAGGCCCAGGAAAGGCAGAGGCUCCAGGGCUUGGUCCAGGGCAGAAGUGCAAGCUUUAGCCUUACUGGUAGCAUUGGCAGCGGAAGUAGUGCUAGCCCCAUUGAGGAGCGGGGCAACCCCGAAGGGGCGUGUUGUGUGGCCCGGAGUCCCUGCACCAGCCUGGACCUGUUGAGUCAGAUUGCCCCCCUAGGAACCCCCUCCCCUAGACAGUCCCAGUCCUCCCCAGACCCUGAAAACAGUGAAGUCUUUUUCAUGCUCAAACUUUAAGAACUGGCUGACUUGGAACUGAGCGUGAGACACACAGCUAGAAACUUUGGAAUACAGUUCAGUUUUUCUCCUGUAAUAAUCUUUUUUAGAAAAAGUUGCAUAUCUUGCAUAAUAUCUCACAGAACACUGGUUCACAAUGCAGAUUAUUUCAAGUGUUCCACUGAAUUAUUAAUCCAUGAACAAUCAAUUCUAUAUCUUGAGGUUGUGCAAGAUCCAUUUUUUAACUUGUGCAUUCGUAAAACACUGUCUUGAAACUACUGGAGAGCAGUUCUUGUAAAAGCAACUACUACAGCUCUGUUAUGUUUGCACCAAAUGUUAGAUAAUUGCCAGAAUGUAUUUAGUGAGAAAUACCUGGAGUUUUUAUAUAGCUGUUUAUGUUGACUGUGACUACUCUCAUGUCUGAGUAUUUUUUGGAACUUUACAUGAGCAUACAGUAGCAAUAGAUCACAACUAGAGGACAGGAUUUUAAAUGAUCCAUUCUUUUUAUUUACUUGAAAUGUAAUGGUAUACUUUAACUGAGUUGAAAAUGAGAUACUUUAUGUCAAGGCGUUAUUAUCAGCCCAUCCAAGCACUAGCAAUAUUUUGAAAAUGAUGGCAUGGUAUCAUAUUGAAUAUAAAUGUACAGUUUAAUGCUAAAAAACUGGGGCUUGUCACAUGUCUUUGCUGAAAAAAUGUUAAGGAAUUAUUCCUACAAUGCAGGACACAAGGUCUUUUUAUUUUAAUAUUUCUUGUGUCGUGGUUACAUUUUGAUUUGACCAAACUGCCAAUAUUUUGCUAACCUUCCUGAUCUGUAGCAUGUCACAGCACUGAGAAUCCUGUACAUUAAAGCAAUGCUGGACUACUCCAUAUCAGUUUAGCCCUUUUUAGUUGACUGCAUGUCUUUUACACACUGUAAUGUUUAUCCUAAUGCUGUGUUUUAUUUUACCAAGACUUUUUAUAUAAAGACUUGUUAAUAUUCCAAACUUCUUUUUUGGAUCAUCUGAUGGUGGUCACAAGAGCAUCAUCCCUGAAACCCUGUGUUCUCAUUGGUCUGUGGUACUAAUACAAGAUGAAAAUUAUCUGUAUCAAAGCACGUUUAUUUGUCGGCCUGCUGUAUUGUUUGCACUGCCAUCCCAGUUCUUUGUGCAAAAUUUUAGGGACAAUAUUUAAUUCAAACUGUGUAAUUAUGACCUGAAUAAAUCUCAAAUGAAUAUUA